AUGGUCUACUGCGGUAAACCCAGUAAAGGCUGCGGCCAGUGCCGCACGCGCAAGAUCCGAUGCGACCAGGCCCGCCCGGCCUGUUCGCAAUGCACGCGGGCCCGCCGGGAAUGCCCCGGGUAUCGCGAUGAGCUGUCGCUGAUGUUCCGCGACGAGAGCAACUCGGUCGUGCGGAAGGCGAAGGCGGAAUCUUCUGCUUCUCCGGCUUCUUCUGCAGCGGCCUCUAGGAGACGCCAUGCGCCGUCCCGGUCGCCUCGCACUGCUUCCCCAGAACAGAACAGUAAUGCAUCUCCGAGCACCGCCGACCCCACCCUGCCCCUAGCGGAUAGCGAGGAGAUCACCGCAUUAUCGGUGACGGACGCAGGGAUUGAAUUUGAUUUUAACUCCGAUCCCCAGCACCAGUUCCUGAUGCAGCAGCUACGGCAGUCCCCGCUGAUGAUCCAGCCCACUCUGGAACCCUCAAAGGAGGAAGCUAUCUCCUACUUCCUUCAGUCACAUGCCAUCCCCGGGACCUUCAUGUCAGCUGCUGUGGCCAAUUUUCUCAUGAAGGAUGGUGGAUCGGUGAGCCAGAAGGCUAUGCAAUCCAGUCUUGUGGCAGUUGCCUGCGCCCUGCUCUCGCGAAUUCGCAAAGUGAAGUCGUUAAGGCAAGCAGCGCGCCAGGAGUAUGGGUCUGCACUUCAGCUGGUCAAUACGGCACUCGCCGAUGCGGAAGAGGCCAAGACGAACCAGGCGCUUGGCGCGGUUAUUCUCCUGUCUGCAUAUGAAUUGGUCACGUCGAGGACUACACAGGGCAUCGAAGGCUGGUCAAAUCACAUUCGCGGAGCCGCAGCCCUCCUGGAGCUCCGGGGGACGAAACAACUGGAGACCUUCAUAGGGAUGCGGCUGUUCAUGCAUUUACGGUAUCAGAUUAUCCUCAGUUGUAUCCAGCGCGACGUGCGAGUCCCCGAGUCACUAAUGCAGUCUACAAAACUCGUCAUUUACCUCCAGCCAAAGGAUGCCCUUGGCAAUCGACUGAUCAUGAUCAUCGGCAAUCUGUCGAACCUUCGUGCAGAUAUCCACGCGAAAGCGAUCACCAAUCCGAAGGACGUUCUAAGUGCGGCCUGUGCCAUCGAAGCUGACCUCAUCGCUUGGUUGGCCGCUCUGCCACCUGAGUUUACAUAUACCAGCCACACCAUGACGCCGCUGAACCGCGCCUUCGAGCGCCGCUGUCGCGGGAUUCUCCCUUAUAACAACGAAUACCACGUCUACCCCGAGCUCUGGGUCUGCAAUUGCUGGGCCAACUACCGCUGCGCACGCAUCCUCGUCAGCGAGAUUAUCCUAUCGCACGUCCAUAAGCUGUCUGCCAGCUCACCCAACAAUUCCUUAUCCGAGGACUUCCGCCUGCACUGCAAGUCCCUGCGCGCGACCACCAGUCGCCUAGGCGCCGACAUUUGCCGCAGUGUCCCGUUUCACCUGGGCGCCUGCAACGCAGAGAUCCCUGCCGACGCACCCACGAUGCCCCCAGAGAGCUACCUGGGCGGUCUCAUGCUGCUCUGGCCCCUGUUUCUGGCCGGUAUGGUUGAGGGACCGACUCAUCCGCAGCGUCAGUGGGUGGUGAAGUGUCUUUCCAUGAUUGGACACACGAUGGGGCUCGACCAGGCCCUAGCGAUUAUGGAUAUUCUAUCCGCAGACCCGGGCAUGUUCCAUUCCCCAGAAAUAUACGGCGAUGCGGCUGAUCCUCCGACUGGGUCGGCGGGCCUGCUUCCUUUUUCGGUCUUCCAUGUGCCACAUUAUCAUCUUAUCACACGAGAGGAGUAUCGGGAGUACCGAGAGCUUCGCCCUUCGGCGGAGUAA